CGUGCAUUUCCACACAUUUCAGCUUUUGCCACACGCUGCUCUCUUCUCCGUCUCUCAAAUCGUCCUUUCCGUGCUCCUUGCGCCCGAUCUGUUGUUUCCAGACUGCAAUUCGAGAUUAAGUUGUUCUCCGGUGGAAUUUGGUCCUCUGCUAGCUUGUUUUCACUGGUACUUGAAUAAGAUUUCGUGGAAGGUACAGCCCGGCCAUCUGUUUGCAGAGGGAAACAGCAUGCGGUGUAUUUCGAGUCUUUAUGUUGAUAUUCUUAGGAAAGGCAUCUCCUUGAACCUCUAUUGCAGAGUUAUCCUGUGAUUCAUUUUUUCAUUCCAAACCCUUGAAUUUCUGACGAGCUUUUCCCCAUCAUUUUCCAUGGGAUCUACUUUUUUCAUUGUUGUUCCUUGCUAUGUCCGCCAGAUCAGCUGAAUAUUAGUCUGACCCAUCUUGUAGAAUAGUUUUCGCCAUUUUUUCAAAUUUGCUUCCUCUCUACACAUCUGUUUUUUCUGUUUCUUCUCCUAGUAGUUGAAUUGAUCUUGCUCUGUCAACGACUUGGGUAUCAGUUUUUCGUUGCCCGCUUGUGAAUUGCGUGGUUUUUGAAGAACAUUGAAGGGCUGCGUAGUAGUUAUGGUGUGCCAAGCAGCAGGUCAAACAAAUUUCCGGGCAUUGAAACACGAAAAUGGGAUUGUAGUUAGAGUUAUAGCAUGCUUUCAACCACUUCAAGAUUGCCAGGCUGAAUAUUUCCGUCAUUUGCUGAAACCUGUUACGUAGUCACGUAGAUACGUUUUGCGCUCUAGUUUUCAAGUUAAGCUGAGAUUGUAGUUUUUUUUCCUUGUUCCUAAAAGAGAGUGAACAAAAAGUUCUUGCGUCACGGACUUUCUGUCUUCUGGUGAUUCAUAUUUGUUGAAUGGGUGAAAAUUGUGGAUCUUGGUUUCCCCAGCAACCAUUUGAUUUGCAAUCACCCCGUUUGAAUUCUUGGAGUACUCCACUUCACUUGCCGCAGAAAACUGCUCCUUCAUUCAUGAAGCCUGACAUGUAUAUGGUUUCUGCUAGCAUGGAUUUGCCAGAGUACUCAUUUCCUAAGUUAUCUGAUUUGCCAGGUGGCCAUACAAUGGAACCUCUUGAUAGGUUUUAUUGCUUGCCCCCUUUCGGACAGGCCUUUAUGCCGGCGAACUUGGUUCUUAAAGAUAAGCUCUCUUCUGUUGCUUCUGAUAAUUGUUGCGAGGCUACCACAGCAAAGGCAGAAUCUGUGUGGGGUCAAAAGAAGUUCCUCGUUGUUGAUCAGUCCGGGGAUCGGACAACUUUGAUCUUCAGUUCUGGAAUUGGAACUCCUGUUCAGUGCCUGACAAAUCCUAAACCAUCUAUUGCUUGUAAUUUGAAUGUGCAAGACCCUGGAACCAAAGAAAAUUCCAAUUUUCACUCUGCAGCAAUUUUGAGAGAUGAAAUUGGUGAAAAAAAUGACAGCGAUACUCUUAGCGAGAUGCAUGAAGACACUGAAGAACUCAAUGCCUUGCUCUACUCGGAUGAUGACAGUGAUACCGAUGAUGAUGAAGUUACCAGUACUGGGCAUUCACCUAGUACUUUGACCAUGCAUGAUAAGCAAGAUUGGUUUGAGGGAAGUUCAGAAGAGGUAGCUAGCUCCAUAGGAUUGACCAAAAAGCGAAGACUUUUUGAUAAAGGGGACAACAAUGUAGCAAUAAUGCUGGACACUGCCAAUUCUGUAAAACCUAAGGAAAUCUUCUCUGAGUAUGAGGAUGAUGCGCAAUCUAGUUGUGCCAAUGUCCAAAAUUGUGGUUCAGAUGAAGGUGCUUUUUUGUCAGGCAACAAGAGGAUGAGAAAGGAGAAAGUAACAGAGACUGUGUUGGACAUUCUUCAAAGCAUUGUUCCUGGUGGGAAGGGCAAGCAUGCAAUUAUGGUUCUUGAUGAGGCUAUUCAGUACCUUGAAGCCUUGAAGCUCAAAGCCAAAGCUCUAGGACUUGAUGCUAUAUGAGUUGCCAACAACUCUUUGGCUUAAGUGAUCUGUUUGUGGUAUAUGUAAUUUUAUUUCUUGCCCUAUUAAUCAUAGUCAAGUAUGGAAAAUAAGUCGGGUGUGGAUUUGCACAAGCAUAGGAGCUUCUGGCAACGGAUGUGAAGAUUGGAAAUUGUCGUGACUAGAGAGAGAGGCAUUGAACUCAUGUAGUUUAUUCAAUGGUUGAGUUGGAAAUCAGCAGCUUUGGGUAGCGAAACUUUUUUCUAACGUCGACAAAGGAGUGAGUGCCCUCCUAUAUUAUAUGUCCACAAUAAAAGGGACUUGAAUCAUCAGGCUUUGUCGUGGGAUUAAGAGAAAGUAGAAAUCAUACCUUGGCAUGAGAAGUUAUGUGAAUGAGAUGACUAGUUAAUCCAGAGGAGGACCCCCCUGACGGAAGAUGAAUGCAUGCCCCCCUUGUGCUCCUUUGUCGUCUUUGGGACCCAACUUUCGUGCACUUUCUACUGCUUUAUGUAUUCGGUCUUGUCGUGUUUUAUCAUCCUUUGCGGGUUCUCCUUUGUGAUGUUGAUAUUAGCACAACUAAAGGUUCUUUCUUCAUCCUGGCAUGCAACUUGCCAAUGGGGCCCUGGGUCUCCGAUGGACGCAACUUCGAGCAUUGUUACUUUGAAGAACUUAAUUGGUUGUUCCUGUGUUUGGUAGUAUGGGCUCCCACCUGAAUUGGUAUUGUAUUCUAUUGUGGAAGAACUUUGUGUUGAUAACUUGGUAUUGUAUUCUACUAUGCAAGAACUUUGUAUUAUGUGUUUGUUUGAGGUUUUGUUGUGAAUUAUAUCUUCUUGUUCUUGUUGGUUUUGUGGAA